AUGCCUCGCCCGGGGAGGAACACGUACAGCGACCAGAAGCCUCCGUACUCCUACAUCUCCCUCACGGCCAUGGCCAUCCAGAGCUGCCCGGAGAAGAUGCUCCCCCUCAGUGAGAUUUACAAGUUCAUCAUGGACCGGUUCCCGUACUACCGGGAGAACACGCAGCGGUGGCAGAACUCCCUGCGACACAACCUCUCCUUCAACGACUGCUUCAUUAAGAUCCCCCGCAGACCGGACCAGCCCGGCAAGGGCAGUUUUUGGGCUCUGCACCCGAGCUGCGGCGACAUGUUUGAGAACGGGAGUUUUCUGCGGCGCAGGAAGCGCUUUAAGGUGGGCAGCAUGCAGGCCACGGACCCGCUUGCGCCCAGCAAGCCGCACGAUGCCGCCCACUACCUGCAGCAGCAGGCCAAGCUGCGGCUCAGCGCGCUGCACGCCGCCGCGCACCUCCCGCAGAUGCCGGGCGGAUACAACCUGAGCCCCGUGACCCAGCCGUCCAGCUUCAAACACCCGUUCGCCAUCGAGAACAUCAUCGCCAGAGAGUACAAGAUGCCGGGCGGGCUGGCGGCCUUCUCCACCACCGGGUACCCGCUCCAUAACCAGCUGACCCCGGCCUGGCCGCACAUGUACGGCUCCGGGAUGAUGGACACAGCUGCCCCCAUCUCCAUGGCCACCAGCGACUACUCGGCAUACGGCAUGCCGCUGAAGUCCAUCUGUCACGGCGGGCAGACUCUCCCCGCCAUCCCGGUGCCCAUCAAACCCACGCCCACCUCAAUGCCGGGCCUGCCGGGGUUACCCACACACAUCCCGGCUUUCCUAGCGAACUCUCCCCAGUCUCUGAGCCCCACCUCCCCGCAGACAGCCACCGGUCAGAGCAGCCCGGCCGCGCCCGGAGAGGCGCUGUCCUCCUCGGCCUCGGCGGCGCUGCAGUCCGCUGUGGCGGUGCACUGA